UAUGACGUCAUGGGCGGAGUUUAGUUGAAGAUCGAAUUCGGAUUCGGUUGGCGGGCGCGGCCAUCUUGGUGAAUUAGUGACCUGGCGAUUCGGUUUUAGUUAGUGAAAAAUCAUUUGUCAUCCAUAAUGUCGGAAAGGGAAGAUAAUGUGUAUAAAGCUAAGCUAGCCGAGCAGGCCGAGCGUUACGAUGAAAUGGUUGAGGCAAUGAAAAAUGUUGCCUCACGUAACGUCUCAGACAAUGAACUAACAGUGGAGGAGAGGAACCUGCUCUCCGUAGCAUACAAGAAUGUCAUAGGUGCCCGCCGAGCCUCCUGGAGGAUUAUCUCCUCAAUUGAACAAAAAGAAGAAACAAAAGGCGCAGAGGACAAACUCAACAUGAUCCGGGCGUACCGCAGCCAGGUAGAAAAGGAGCUCCGUGACAUCUGCUCCGACAUCCUCAAUGUGCUCGACAAGCACCUCAUCCCCAGCUCGCAGACAGGCGAAUCCAAAGUCUUCUACUACAAAAUGAAGGGCGACUACCACCGAUACCUGGCGGAGUUCGCAACAGGCAACGACCGCAAGGAGGCGGCCGAGAACUCGCUGGUCGCGUACAAGGCCGCCUCCGACAUCGCCAUGACGGAACUGCCGCCCACACACCCCAUCCGCCUCGGCCUCGCGCUCAACUUCUCGGUAUUCUACUAUGAAAUCCUGAACAGUCCGGACCGCGCAUGCCGGCUGGCGAAGGCGGCGUUCGACGACGCUAUCGCUGAACUGGACACGCUGUCAGAGGAGAGCUACAAAGACUCUACGCUCAUCAUGCAGCUUCUGCGCGACAACCUCACGCUCUGGACCUCAGACAUGCAGGGCGACGGCGAGUCCGGUGAAGCCGAACAGAAAGAACAAGCACAGGAUGUGGAAGAUCAGGAUGUGUCGUAAUACUUUUUAACAUUCUAUUUAAAUAUAAUAAAAAAAUAACUAUAGUAUCAUGUUAAGACCCAGCCCUCAAUGACAACCGGUUGUAAAGGUAUUCCAGCUCAACUCGCCUCCGGGAAGUUCUAACUACUCGCAUACAUACACUGAGUAAAUUGGCCGUUACAUUCUGACGUACAUAGCAACAUUCGUUUAUGUAUCGUGUCAAAUUAUCUACUAGUAAUAAUAUACAUUUUAAAUAUGUACUUCUUUUGAUAUAUUCAAUGUUUCGUUUUCGAUUACGAGAAAAAAAAAUAUAUAAUGUUUAAGAAAAGUACUUUGGUAUUGCAUUUUAUCUGUGUAUGUUCUUAAGAAUGUAUUUUCUUAAUGGUUCACUUUGAAUUGAUCUCUAAUGUUAACUACUUAGCUUCUCCACUGGAGACUCGUACUGUAUCGGCUAAUGCUAGUACACUCCUCCGUCAUCUUCUAACCUAUUAAGAUGGAAAUUGUAAAUUUUCUAAGUAUUUUAUACCGCGUGUAAAAUUAAUGUAUUCAAUUCUGUCGUAAAUCGCAUAGUAACAAGCCGACAAAUUCAAUAAAAUGUAACGAUAUAUUUAAUUUGUAUACACAGUAGCGAAGUGUAUGUAUCACGUGGAUGUAAUAGAUUACUCUGUAUCGUAUGUGUCACUCAGUGUCGAUGUCGAAUCGGUCUGCACAAAUAGUCGUUUUAUACGUGACCGCCGUCGCGGCGCGGGCCGGCCGCGAGUCUUCCGCGUGCCCUUCAUUUGUAUACAUUCGAUCGUUUAUUGAUAUAUUUUAAACGGUAACUUUUAUUAGAUGAUAUAUGUAGUUACUCGCAAUAUUUAGCUGAGCGAUAGUGGCGCCACCUGUCGGCGCGCGCCCGCCGUGUCUGCGUACUGCUCGUAUUGAUCGCGCCGAGUCGCGGCCGCGGCUACUGUGUAGUGCGCGGUGGGUGUGGGUGAGGGGUGUCGACGAGGCCGCGCUUCGUAUUACAACUUUGGAGUAUUCACACUUGAAUCGCUUUAAUUACUUACGAGUAUUGUGAUAGAGAUUUUGUAUAAUAUUUUAAUUUAUUUUUAAUUUCGCAUGUUUCUCGAAAAUAUCGCUGUAGCGCUACAUCUCUACGUUUAUUACAGGACAAACGGUAGUUCUAAAGUUGUGCUAGGUUAAGGUUAUGCACUUGGAAAAUUAUUUAUUUGCGAUGUAUCGCCCACUCGAAGACAUUCCAUCUUCAUACCUAUGUUAAAACUGAAUCUGGCCAAUGUUUGUUCGAACUGCUCCGAAAGUAGUGGGGCAUGGCAGUGUGCAGCAAGUGCGUGCCCGAGUAAGAUAUUAGCGUUAUUUUUAUUUGAAUUUGUAAUAUUGCAUAUAUUUUUGUUAAUUUAUCCACAAAAAAUACUGAUGCAAUUAGCCUUAGUGUUAUGCAAUAUUGAUUUAUGUCCUACCAUCUACAUGGAAAUUUAUUGUAAAUGACAGUGUAAAUCUAAUAAUAAAAUUCAAAAGUCCAAAACA